AUGGCGGAUCCAACGGCUGGUGUAAUCACGCCGCGAGAAGAAGAUCCGAAAUCUCAGAACGGAGACAAUAAGAAAGAGGAUUUGAGUUCGGAUCCAGAGUUGUUCAGUUGUCUGCUUCAGCCUUCGCCUCGCGAUUCCGAUCCCAAUUAUAUCGGAAUCCGCCGUCUCCUCCUGUACCGCAAGGCGGAGGCCGGCGUUCUCCGCCGUAAGGACUGGAGAUGUAAUGGAAGAGGUUAUGUUGCCUACCGAAAUUACAUUAAUAGACCGAAAAAUGGAGACAGUUUACAGACACCAAGCGCCCCGAGUACUCCAGGAAACAGUUUUUCUUCCACGCAAUUCUCACAUCAGGUUAAUUUACUGGUUGAUGCAUCAGUGGACGAUGGGUGUCAACUUCAAGUCCACUAUCACCAUUCUUUGACGCAGACAGCUGGAGAUGUCCGAAGUUUUAGCCAAGCAAUGAGCCAUAGGACAAGUUUCAGUUCUAGCACAAGUGAUAUUGAGUUCCCUCGUAAAAAGGGUGAACCUGCAUAUUCCUUUGUAGGAAUGCACUGCAUUUUCGACCAAUGCAAGGCCAUGGUUACGGUCAUAAAAUUUGGCCAUAUGAGUUCAGAUCUGCUCGCUUAUGGAGCAGCUGAUGGAAGCUUGACUGUCUGCAGCGUCUCCAUGCCACCGUCAAUUUUAAAGCAGUUAACAGGACACACAAAAGAUGUCACAGAUUUUGACUUCUCAGCGAACAAUCAGUAUAUUGCUUCUGCCUCGAUUGAUAAGACAGUACGAGUAUGGGAUAUCUCGAAAGGCAUAUGUAUGAGAGUGAUUUAUGGAGUCUCAUCACAGCUUUGUAUUCGCUUUCAUCCUGUGAAUAACAAUUUUCUUUCCGUUGGCAAUGCUAAUAAAGAGAUAAUGGUGUUCAAUUUCAGCACCGGUCGGACAAUCAAUAAAUCUGUAUUCGACAGUGAGGUGACAGCCAUGGACCAUGACCACACGGGCCACCUUAUCUUCUGUGGCGAUGCUCAGGUGCAAGGCUAUUUGACCCUUCGUUGUGCACUUAAAUUGGCACCACGUUUACACAGCAUUCGUGCCUCUUUCUGCCCUUUGCUUUCCCUUGAGAAAGGAGAAUUUAUAGUUGCUGGGAGUGAGGAUGCAAGUGUCUACUUCUACGACUUAACACGGCCGAGGCAUACAUGUGUGAACAAAUUGCAG